AUGGCGGAGAUGGUCAGUUCUGCGGUUAUCCAGGAGUCAAUUAGCCAAAUUAUAUCUGGUCUGGUUCAAAAAUAUGAGGAGAAAGUGGAAACAAAUGCAAUCAGAAAUAUAGAGAUGCUAGAGAUGGCACACAUCAGGCUUGAGGCUGCUCUUGAGACAUCGGAAAAGUGGCACAUCACUGAUGCAUCCUUGUUGCAUUGGCGUAAGAAGCUGAAGCGUGCUGCUCAAGAUUGUGGUGACACACUCCACAAAGGCAAACAAAGAAUCCUAGAAGAAGAAAAGAUGGAAAAGGAGGUAAUGAAUUCCUCCUUUCCCAAACGGAUCGCACAUGCUACCAAGUCAUUUGUUUUCUCCAUCUUUAACCACGACAACAAGGAGUUGAGCAGAUCAGUUGUUAAACAAUUUGAGUGGUAUGCAGAUGGAGCUAGUGAAUUCCUAAGAUUCAUAGAGUUUGGUGGCACACCAUACUAUCACAUCAUGCCUUUUGGCUCUCUUAUCAAGAACCUUUUUGCAGGCAAAGAACUACACCAUAAAAUCAUUCAGGGAAACAAUCCUUCAUUACUACUAUGGUUGGCGCCCUUCAGAACUGCAGAGCAUGGAGCAGAGGCUAUCAUGGUAUUUAUAAAAAAAGAAGGCAUUGCACCAGAGGUUGAAAAUAUUACCAAAGAACUUACUCAACUACCUACUCAAGACCUAUCAUGGGUGCCAUUUGUUUAUUCAUACCAAAAAGAACAUUGGGGUAAUCUUCAUAGCCUUGCGACUCAGUGGUUUCACCCAAACCCAUUAUGUUACAAGCAGCAUGAUCGGCAUUGUGCUCAACCUUUUAGCAACCAAGACAUGGCAGGAAUAUCAGAUGUUUCGCUAGAACCACUAAUUGAAUUUAAUCUGCAGUGGCAAGUCUCACAGACUGUUUAUAGGAAAUGUAAGGCCUCUCUAUCUGGAGGUAUAAUGUCUCUGCAAGAUUCUCCAUAUCUGAAAGCUGGAAUUACCUUUUCACCCCAUGGGUCUUAUGUAGACAUGAUACCAGAGAAUAAAAGUUCUGAAGCAAGGGAGAUAGUUGGUGGAAAUCAACCUCUCUUGCAUACAGACAUUAUCUUGCAACAACUAGGAGAGAUCAUGCUACCAAAGGCCAUUGAUUACUUCUGCCAGAAUGCUGAAGCAACAGUGUACCAAAUGGUUUGGAAGUCCAAACAUGGGGAUGCACGCAUUCAGGUUGAAAGGCUAAGCAUGAGAACAUUCAGAACAAGAUUACGAACACGGAGAACUAUUGGGGAACCUACAAAAAGAAAGUUGUUUCAAGGACAGGCACACGAAGUUUGGAGCCGGACACAUAUGAUCGGUCACUUGCUCGACUUAUGGAGUACCCAUGCUCCCAUCCAACUGCAAAGGCCAGUCAUGGACUGGAUGCAGAAAGAAAGGGAAAUUCAGCUUGCAGAAAGGAAAGGAAAAUCUUUCAGAAAGGAUAUCCUCAGUGAUAGAGUUAGUAUCACAUAA